GUUUCUGCUACGUAUCGAAUGAUCAUUGAUGAUGUGAUUGCAAACGUUCGUCAAGAUUUCGAAGAUAUGGGAAUCGAAAAAGAAGUUCUUGAUGAAUUACAGAGAUCAUGGGAACAAAAAAUUGUUUCAACAGGCGUGGCGGAUUUUGAAGGUGCAGCGCCUAUUCAACCAAAAAGUAGAAAACAAAAAGAAGGUUCGUCUACAACUACAGGAGAAAGUAGUUCACAAGCGACAAAAGGUGAAAAUGGCGAAAAUAAAGACGUUAUCGUGAAAAAGGAAGACGAUGAAGGAAAUUCCAACAAAGUCGCACGGACAAAUGGAUCUUCAAACGUUCACUCCGAAAACGCAAAAGGAGAACAACAGGCAACAUUUGCCAACGGAUCCAAUCCACAUCAAAGUGCCAACAUUAAUGGUUUGUUGGACGAUACAGGCGCAGGUUCGAGUAAUUCAGCCAACAAACGCAAACGCCCUGCCGCAGAUGAUAAUGAGAUCGGAUCAGAUCUGGACGAUUCCGAUGAAGAUGAAAUGGAAGGCAACGUAGACGCUGACGGAAACGAAGAUAUGAUCUUAUGCCUUUACGAUAAGGUACAACGGGUUCGCAACAAAUGGAAGUGUGUUCUCCGAGACGGAGUGGCUUCCAUUGAUGGACGUGAUUAUGUCUUUUCCAAACUCUCUUCUGAACUCGAGUGGUGAAUAUCCACAAAGCAACAAACAGUACAUAAAAACAUAGCAGAACAACCACCAUGUAACAUAGCAAUCAUGAUUCUAACGCAUUCUUCACACAGUAUAUUCACAAAGCAUAUGAUUUUCAGAACAGAUGAUUUUCAGUA